AUGAAUCUGGUCAUUGUUGUCUCUAGUGGCAAGAUGGAUUCCUCCACUGAGCUGUCACCAUUCAGCCAAUCAGCCGUCCUCCUUAACUCCUCUGUACAUCUCCCGUUUGCCACCGUCCACCUGCCUUUCCUCCUGAACAGUGUCUGUCUGUUCUACAACUUCGGCAAGUCCUGGAAAUCAGACCCCGGGAUCAUCAAAGCCUCAGAGGAGCAGAAGAAAAAGACUAUUGUUGAACUGGCGGAGACGGGCAGCCUGGAUCUCAGCAUAUUCUGCAGUACUUGUUUGAUACGGAAGCCCAUCCGGUCCAAACACUGUGCUGUGUGCAACCGCUGUAUCGCCAAGUUCGACCACCACUGCCCUUGGGUGGGCAACUGUGUCGGAAGUGGGAAUCACCGCUACUUCAUGGGAUACCUGUUCUUCCUGCUCUGCAUGAUCAGCUGGAUGAUCUACGGCUGUAUCUGCUACUGGAGGAUCCACUGCGCCACCAACUACACCAAGGAUGGGUUCUGGCUGUACCUGACGCAGAUCGCCUCCUGCUCCCCCUGGAUGUUCUGGAUGUUCCUCAACAGUGUGUUCCACUUCAUGUGGGUGGCUGUGCUGAUCAUGUGCCAGCUCUACCAGAUUGCUGGUCUGGGAAUCACCACAAACGAGAGGAUGAACGCCAGGAGAUACAAGCACUUUAAAGUAACGGCCACUUCCAUCGAGAGCCCCUUCAAUCAUGGUUGUGUACGGAACCUCAUAGACUUCUUUGAGAUUCGCUGCUGUGGCCUGAUCCGGCCCAAGGCGAUAGACUGGACCACACAGUACACAAUCGAGUACGACCAGACGUCCGGGUCGGGCUACCAGCUGGUGUAGACGAGAAGAGAGGAGAGGUGGCGCGACGGUGUCUAGAGGAGGAGGAGGGGGUUCCCCAGGGUUCAGUAUCGGAGCCAGGCUGUUCUCUGGAGCACUCCCCUCAGACCUCCUUCCUCACCCAUUCAGAGUGAGAAAACCAGCCAGGAACUAGCAUGCUGUUACGGGACACCACCAUAAGACCAACACCUACUACUAGUCUAUAUGAAACCACCUCCAUUACUGUACCCACCACCACCACCUCCGAGCCCCUCCUGGGGGGGACUUCUCUUCUGCUGGUCCCCCCUCGUCUCUCCUGCCCAUGGACGGUGCACCGCUGCCAGACGCGGCAGGGAGAGAGGCAGAGGGAGGAGGAGAAUAUAAAAAAAACUAAAAUAAGGAAUCUUUUUGUUUGCUGUACUCAAGUCAUUAUGCUGCGGUGAAGGCGGUACGGUUGACGGCAGUAUCAUUUCUUUUCCCUUUUUGGUUUAUUUUCCCAUUUCAUUUUUUAGAUACAUUUUUCACUUUUUUUUCAUCGUCCAUCUUAUUGACCUGCAGUUUUUUUUUUCUGUCUUUCAGUUUUUUAUUGUUGCUCAAAACUCUAUUGUUCCUUUUUAGAACUGUUGUGGCUAGGGAGACUGAGGAAGGAAGACCUUUUAAGGAAGAAGUUGGUUCUUAAGCAGGAUUUGAUAAGGGAUGGUUACUAUGGCAUGGUUACGUACCGUCGUUCAAGUCUUUGCAAGUUACCCUAAGGAUUGCUUAGAAUUGCUAAAGUUGUUAAACUUGUCAGUACGUCAUAAAAUGGCAUUUGCAAUCGUUGGGGGGGGGGGGGGGGGGUCUGAUCCCAGUGGUCUCUUUCACAAGGUUUUGAAGGUGCAGAUAGGAGCGACAUCCUACUUAAUGUGAUGCAAGCAUAUUUAUUUUAACUCUAUUUAUAGAUCAAAUUAUGUUAUAGUACCAUCUUAUUUUAAAUUCGUUUUUUUUAUCAAGAAAACAUCAGCUACAAAUCGUAUAAGGAUGUCUGACAUGGUGCCCUGAGAGCUUCACUAGAAAAGUAGGCACACACACACUAAUAUAAGAGUAGUGUUAGUGAGAGAUCAACUAGAGGGGAAGAUGAGGCCAUUCCAUCCCAGACUGAAUGGAUGGUUCUGGGAGUUUACAAGAAAGGUUCAUUCCAUGUGUAUUUUUUUUGUUUGGGGGGCGGGGUCCUUUUGUUUGUUUGUCUGCCUAUGACAAUGCACUGAUCACCUUUUUUGUUUCUGGUCUCGCCGUUACUGAAGAAAUACAGGCGUACUCCCGCCGCUUCAAUGUUUACCGAUUUGAAGGAGCUCGGGCCCAAUGAGAGAAAAAAGGUAUAUAGCCCGAGACCUGCCCCUUCUGGGUUCUCAUCUGUUAUUGGUCAUUACUUUUCCCGCUAGUAGUCUCUACGCAGCGGCAGCGCAAGGACGGACUGAAAUGUAAAAUAUGUCCAUCUGUACAUAAACAAUCUAGUUUUCUUGGUGAGUGAUUUUAUCAGUUGAAGCUGCUCCUUUUUAAACGUUGAUUUCAUCCAACCAAAUGGAAAAGAACUCCCCGAUUAUAAUCCAAUUGUAUGACUGUAGCUUUUAGUGAUGUCCGACACUGCUGUCUAAAGGCAUUUUAACCCUGCAAACUACACUGCAUGUGUGAUGCUUGGACAUUGGGCUGUCGCCAUACUGUUGACUCACCCCCCCCCCGCCCCCCCCUCGUCAUCCAAGCUGCCCAGUGACAGCCAUGUGUCUGUAUAUAGUGAAUGUUCAGUAUUUACAAGUACUUUCUUCGGUAUGUUUGCUUUUGUUUUUUAAAUCCAGUGUGUAUCUGUAGUGCAAGUCCUCCUUCUCGGUCUGCAGGCACCAGAUAUCAAGUCUGGUCCAGCCUGUCCAAGUGUAAGAUUUUAAUGUUCCAUGCUGGUGGUUGGAUUAUACUCCAAGUAAAGGUUUUUUCUAUGUCAUAUUGCUGGGUUUGUUACACCACUGGAUGUACAAGUUGUAAAGCAAGAUGCAAGAGAAAUAAUGACAGUAUUUUUCCUAAACUGAAAUCAUGCGUGUCAUCGUACGCUGUAAUCCAGGAUAACAUUGAGAGGUAUGAAGCAUGGGUUUAGACAUCGCAUCGUUGUUUCUAUCCCCUUAUGACGUAAGAGCACGGGACGCACCAUUGAGGCCAUCUCCAUUUUCCACUUUUAUCAGUUGGCAAACUGCCACCGUAUAAACACCAAGGUUGGCUAUUUACCACCACCUGCAGGUAUGGGCUGUUUGCCCACGAGUAUAAUUCAUUGGUGGUGACCUGGAUGGAAUUAUGCGACCCUUCCUUAACCUAUAGGAAGUCCCACCCAGUUGACUACUUCAAAAUGGUGAAAGUCCUCAAUGGCGCUGCCUGUGCUAAAAAAGGCUUUUGGGAACUAGAGUCCUGUAUGGUAUUAAAAGGUCUACCAUCUUGUGGGGUCAUGUCUACAUCAGUGAGGGACACAGUGGAUCAUUUUGCAGGCUCACCUACUGCUGCCUAUAUCUAAAAGGAGCUCAGCGAUCAUCAUAAACGACCUACAGGUAUAGAGCUCAUCCAGGUUCUGUUCCAGAGAAAUAUUCACACUAGCCUGAGUGCCACUGUUUGUGCACAUGCCAAUUCCUUGUCACCCAUUGUCAUGCCAAACAUGUUUGACUUGACAAAGAGGAAUGGCGUUGUCAAGAGCACAAACGGAUCUGGGAUCAGGCUUUUCACCCCGGCUCUUCCAACAAAUGUCAUUUUUCCCCCAGCUGCCACCAUGUGAAAAGCACAUGAUCAUCUACAGUGCCUCUCCGCCUUCGUCAGGACAUCACCGUAACCCUGCUUCAGAUGUUAAUAUAUUGGGCAUGGUUCAAUUUUAAUGGCUUUAAUAAUAAAAUACAUUCAAAUGUGAAAAUACA